GCCCCUCGGGCAGUCACGGGGGUUGGCGGUUGGAAACUCCUCGCGCUGCGCGGGUGCUGAGGGGUGCAAGCGAAGGUGGGCACGCGACUCGCGGGGGCCAUCGGACUGUCGCGUCGCGAGCAGGUUCCCUUGCUGGGACUCGGGUUGACGCCGCGCAGCGGCGAGCUUCAGCAGAGCGGAGCGCGACGCUCUACGGACGUCGGUGGCGCCCGGUCCGGUCCCCACGCCGCGGUUCCAAGCCUUCUGCACCCGGCAAAGGGGUGAAGUGGGUGUGUCGGGUGUGUCUCCUGCCUGGCCGGCCGCACCCGGUCACGGCGACUGAACCUUGGGCUCUGCCGGACGAUUGGUACUGGAGCGCGGCGGCUGGCUCGGGGACCCGCACUUCUCUCCUGCGGAGGUGGGCGAGCGGUGGCACCCCACCCCCGUUCCCGCGGCGGAGGCCCCCAGCAUCCACCUGGCUGCAAGGGGAAGGAAACACGCCCGCUUCGCCCCCAACUUGUGCAAAUGAUCUGAUAAGGGCGUUGUUGCUCAAACCACAGAGGUUGCAACAAUAUCCUCCUGGCUGAUGGCUGGGGAGAGGUGCUCAUCACUCAGCUCCCCCACAAAGAAGAGCUAAAGAUGCUUAAUUGUGUUCUGAGAGAUUUCUCAUAACACACAAGGAGCCAAUAGUAAUGCAGUUGAAGGAUGUAAAAUGAAAACAAUAACCUCAAGUCAAAAGGAAAGAAGAUAAAGUGGAGCUGUUUCUUGUCCUAUGUAUUCAUGAGGUCAUCUUGAAAUCUAACUAAAAAUGACAGCUCUUUCUUCAGUGAACUGCUCAUUUCAGCACCUGUUACACCAGUCAAAGCAGCCCCUAGAUGUUAACUGUCUGUUGUUCUUGAUCAUACUUGGGAAAAUAUUAUUAAAUAGCCUCAUCUUAGGAAUGAAAAGGAAAGACACCUAUUGGAAUUUUAUGGAGUAUUUCUGCUUUUCACUAGCAUUUGUUGAUCUUCUGCUGUUGAUAAACAUUUCCAUUCUGUCCUACUUUAGGGACUUUGUAGUUCUAGGUAUUAGGUUUACAAAAUACCAUAUCUGUCUGCUCACACAAAUCAUUUCCUUCACUUAUGGCUUUUUGCAUUAUCCAGUUUGCUUACUAGCUUGUAUAGAUCACUGUUUCAAUCUGUCUCGAGCCACCAAGCAUUCAUCUAAAUGGCAAAAAUUAUUUUAUUUCUUGACAGUCAUUUUAAUUUGGACUUCAGUCUUUGCUUAUGUUUUGGGAGCGCCAGCCAUCUCACAAAGCCUGAAGACACACAGGGCUUCUAUGUACCAAUGCCCUUCCUAUGUCAGCACUCAGAGUUACUGGCUGUCAUUGUCUAUGCUAAUGGUUUUAUUUGUGGCUUUUCUGAUUUCAUGGCCAGAAGUUGUUGCCUUGGUACAAGCAAUUAGGAUAGCAUCCUAUAUGAACAAGACUGUCCUCUACUUUCCUUUCCAAUCCCACUCUGGUUACACUGUGAGGUCUAGAGAAGCACUCUUGCCCAGGCUCAUCGUGUGCUUUCUUGGUACCUGGUUUCCCUUUGUAGUACUUCAGGUCCUCACCUUGUCACUUAGAGUUCAGAUCCCAGCAUAUGUAGAAAUGAAUGUUCCCUGGCUGUACUUUGUCAACAGUUUUCUCAUUGCUGCAGUUUAUUGGUUUAACUCCCAGAAGCUUUAUUUAAGAGAUGGAAUAUUACCUGUGGAUCCUUUUGUCAACUGGAAAUGCUGUUUUGUUCCAGUCCAUAGACUUAAGCAAGUGGAGAGGCCCGUAUCCAUAAUCAUCUGUUGAUGUGCUGCCGUGUUGGGGGAACUCCCGUAGCACCAAGGAUCAGUCUUACAAACAGGACAGGGGGGCUCAGGACACACACCUGAAACUCUUGGUCCCUAACUUUCCUCUUUUCAACACAGGAUCUAAGGUGUGGUGGAUAUUAAAUAGUAACACAACCAAGUUUUUAUGCCUAGUCAGCAACAUUGUGUAUUUGGACAUUGUGUAAGUAUUUUGGUACUCAUCCAAAAGUAAAAUAAACACACUAACAUGUGG